AUGGAUCCCCUCAAAUCAGUCUUAUCAGGCAGCCUACCUUUCAGACCUGCUAAGUCUGUGAGCUUCCGCGAGUCCGAUAAGAUUUCUCAGUCACCCAGUGCAAUUGAGAUCAAGAAGACUGACGCUGGCGAGAUACCUCAAUCACAGUCCAGCAGAAAGACCCUGAAUGCUAUUGAUAUUGAGCAGCUUCCCGCACACCAACGCACUACUAUCAUGGAUACCAAUAAACUGCCCGAUCUUAUUGAUCGGAACGGCAAUGUUUUUCAAGACGGUGACCCACAAGUGAUCGAGAGACCUCUCAUUUCAUCAGACAAGCUUGCGUGGGCUUCAAUCAUUGGAGAGCAACCUACCAGCACUGAACAGGAUGACAGCUCCGAUCUUCAAUGCAGCAACAAAGAAUCUGACAAUGCCAAAACCACCAAUGAUACCGAUGACAUUCUGGACAUGGAGAGCCUUCCAUAUGGGGUCAAGCCUAUCCCAGAUGAAGAAAGGGCUCUUGCCAACGUGGAACUGGAUGUCGGUGUGGCUAAGAAAAAGAAGAACAAGAGACGACCCAAGACGAAGAGAGGCAUUGAUGCGCCCACCGGAUUCGAACGUUUCUUUGCUGAUGCGCCACUCACACCUGAUGAGUUCCAAGAAAUCAAGAAGAUCUAUGACCCGGCUCUUCCAUUCCACAUGCGAUACGACGAGGCCAUCAAGCGAUUUCUAUACAAACGCCGCCUUGAGCCACGCCGGCGUCAUCUUUUUCUCAAAUAUCUGCAGUACGGCGGCGUGAACACGAACCAGAAGUAUGGCCAAGGUGCGUCUCAAGAGCUGAAAGAAAUGACCAAGGAUGAAGGCAUGGAAGCACGCAACUUCACCAGGGUCUCACCGGAAUGGGCUACCAAAGAGAACAUCGCUUUUGAUACGGUUCUUAAGGGUUAUCUUGGUGGCUACUACAUUGACUACUUCAGCCCUGAUGACGAGGAAGAAAUCAAGAUCGUGACCGGCACAAUCAAGAACUUCCUCACUUUCCUGCUCUACCACGACGUCUGCCCCGAAUACCAAGAUGAUAUUCAAAAGGCCAGACAAACCUGCGAUCUAGCCGCAAAGGAAUUAUGGAAAGUACGCCAAGUCGUACACAACGGCCCAGGAAACUUCAAUAUGGCCUGUUCCAUGCUGUUCGGCGGGAACUUCUUUGAUGCCAUCGACGAUCCGGAGGUAUGGGAGACGGUUAAGUUUGCCGAACAAGACAGGAUGACCCAGGGCAGUGCCCGAUGGGUCCUGAAGUACGCCAUGGCCGGAGUGGGCCCAGACGAGCGUGCUAUCAAGUUCAAAGAGCUUGCCGAGAAAGAGCAGUUCAAGAUUAAACAGAUAGAGGACAUUGAUGGCUUUGAGAUCGUUUCCAUUGAAGAGCCAAGUCCCCUCACCGUGGGUUUUUACAAGGAAUUUGCUCCCAAUCUCAAGCCCGUUGGCGUGGCCCGAGCAAAGGAGUUCCGUGAUCCUGCCAAGGGUGAAUUCAAUCUUUCAAAGCUUGAGGCGGAAAAGUGGAAACGCGGUCAAGCUCCUAGCUACGAGUUUGAAUUUUUCUUGGAAAUUGAUUUGCUUGCACACUGCUUCCCAGGAAUGAAAGCUCUCACUAAAGUCUUUGAGCUUAAUUGUGGCAUACACUUCUUUGACGAGAUCAUGGUUUGCUUGCCCAGUUUCUAUGUCUUCCUUGCGAAUGAUCUUAUGAUCAACUACAAGGGACCGAAAACCAAGGAGCCCACUGAUAGGUGGAUCAACACAAGAGCUGAGCAUAGAAAGGCAAUGGACCUCCUUGCUGGGCCCAAGCUUUCCGCUCGCGAACAAGCUCGAGUCCUGUUGAAGGAUUUGACGCUUGGUGCAGACUAUGAUGCAGAAUUUGGUACCCGGAAGCACGUUCCCGCCGCCACCGAGUUGGGCUUUGAAUUCGACGUUGCUCUGCAGCCUGAUGUUCGGGCAGAGGAUGAGAUGGGUAUCUUAGUUCCAAGAUACGAAGGACAGAAGAUGAAAGAAGAAGAUCCCACCGAGGAGGAUGAUGUUGAGAUGAGUGGAGUCAUCCAGGGAGGUUCUACAAACCUGGAAGAGCCCAAGGAAUGGUGGACACCUGGGCAGUGGUGGAGUGGUCAGGAAUGGUAUAGCCUCGUGAAGGACUGGAAGCCCACGAUCACAACUCCCGAGGAACGCCCCAGCAAAAGAUCAAGAUCUAGCAAUGGAUGCUUCCCCUUUGACAAGGAGGAGGAUAGUUUCGACCAGUUGAAGGAAACCAUACGUGUCAAUGGGGAGCUUAUCAAGCGAAUGGAAGCCGAGAUGAAGGAGGCAACCCUCAUUGAGAAAGAAACGGAGUUAUUUAGCACCUGGCUGGGAUUCGCGAAGACCCGUCAGACCAAGGAUAUAUUGCACAUCAUGGAGUUGCAGGGAUCUAACGUCCUGACUGAACCCCCGAAUGAAAAGACCACCGCUGCCAUUGUGGUCGAUGUUAUGCUCCAGAGAAGCCUGCAGUCAGAUGAAGCUUUCCAAAUUGAGUGA